AUGGGUGUUGAAUUGAAGCAGGAGCCUGGGGAAUCAAAGCGUAAGUUAGAGGAUGAUGUUGCAAGUCAGGAUGUUAAAAGGCCAGUGAUUGUGCCUACCCGCAAGGCUCAAAUACAUUAUACUCCAUUGAAGACUGGUAUAUGUUAUGACGUGAGGAUGCGUUACCAUGCGAAAAUCUUCACUUCAUAUUUCGAGUACAUUGAUCCACAUCCAGAGGAUCCCAGGAGAAUAUACCGUAUUUACAAAAUUCUGGCGGAGAAUGGGUUGAUAAAUGAUCCUACCCUUAGCGGUGUUAACGAUAUUGGUGAUUUAAUGUUGAAGAUACCUAUUAGAGCAGCUACAGCUGAAGAGAUCCUAGAAGUGCACUCGAAGGAGCACUUGGAAUUUAUAGAAAAGACGGAAAAGAUGAAUCGUGAGGAGUUGCUGAAGGAAACGGAGAAAGGAGAUUCUGUAUAUUUUAAUAACGACUCGUAUGCUACUUCGAGGUUACCAUGUGGAGGUGCAAUUGAGGCAUGUAAAGCUGUGGUGGAAGGUAGGGUUAAGAACUCACUGGCUGUGGUUAGACCACCUGGUCAUCAUGCUGAGCCUGAAGCUGCAGGUGGGUUUUGUUUGUUCUCUAAUGUAGCGGUGGCCGCUAAAAACAUUUUAAAAAAUUACCCUGAGAGUGUACGCAGAAUACUGAUUCUGGAUUGGGACGUUCAUCAUGGUAAUGGUACUCAGAAGGCAUUUUAUGACGAUGAUAGAGUUUUAUAUAUAUCACUUCACAGAUUCGAGCUGGGCAAGUAUUAUCCAGGUACAAUUCAAGGGCAGUAUGAUCAGAUAGGUGAAGGUAAAGGUAAAGGUUUUAAUUGUAAUAUUACAUGGCCAGUUGGAGGUGUUGGUGACGCGGAAUACAUGUGGGCUUUUGAACAAGUAGUCAUGCCAAUGGGAAGAGAAUUCCAACCAGAUUUGGUGAUCAUAUCGUCUGGUUUUGAUGCAGCAGAUGGUGAUACAAUCGGCCAAUGCCACGUUACUCCUAGCUGUUAUGGGCAUAUGACACAUAUGUUGAAAUCUCUGGCAAGAGGUAAUUUAUGUGUUGUCUUGGAAGGUGGUUAUAACCUAGAUGCAAUUGCCAUCAGUGCCCUCUCUGUAGCAAAGAUAUUAAUAGGAGAACCACCAGAUGAGUUACCAGAUCCUCUGAGAGAACCUAAAGCUGAAGCUUUGGAAAUAAUAGAUAAAGUUAUCAGCUUACAAUCUAAGUAUUGGAAAUGUUUUGGAAAAAGAUAUGGUAAUUUAGGACUUCCAUCCGAAAAUGUCGUCAAAGCUCUGAUGAUGUCAAAGAGUUUUCCUUUACAGACUGCUAUUCGCCAAGAGCAAUUCCAUCAGCUUUCUGAAGAUUUUGGAUUUGUAACACUACCACUCCUUAAUAUGGAAGUUCCACAAGAUAGCGUCAUCUGUUCACCUAAUUUAUUUAAUGAAACUACUAUUUUGGUUGUUGUACAUGAUACACCAGAAAUAUGGGCCAAGAGAAAUGUUAUUACUGGUACAAUUGACCCAUCAACAUCUCUGGUUGUUGAUUCAGGAGCCGAAUUUAUUAAAUGGGGAUUAGAAAGAAAGUAUGGUAUUAUGGAUAUCAAUAUCCCUCAAUCUCUAUUUGAACAAGAAAAUUAUACUGCUGUGUUGACAUCGCAAGAGAUAUUGAUAUAUAUAUGGGACAAUUAUCUGAAGUUUUUUCCUUCUUUAACUAAGGUGGCCUUUAUUGGUAUUGGUGAUGCUUCAGCAGGAAUCGUUCAUUUACUUGGUCACAGAGAUACAAGAAGUGUUGUCAAAUCGGUCGUUAGUUUCAUUGGUAAAAAAUCAUUGAAACCUUUAGUCCCAUUAGUGAACGAAUCACUGGGAGAUUGGUACUUUAAGAAUUCUUUAGUUUUUACAGAUCAUAGCCACAGCUGUUGGGGAGACAAUGAAAAUAGGAAGCCUAGAAAGAAGUUUGGACGUGUGUUAAGGUGUGACGCCGAAGGAAUGAAUAACAUCAUAGAAGAAAGACUUGAGGAAUCUACAGAUUUCAUCUUAGAUUCUUUCGAAGAAUGGAGUGACAGUGAAUGA